AUGGAAGCGAAGAAGCUUGAGGAAAACAAACCAGUACGGGAAGAAUGGCUGACGAAAGUACCGAAGAGGGGACCUGUCGCUGGUGUUACAGCCCGAGCAUUCAAAAGGAGUAAAGACACAUCAGUAUUUGACUCUUCUUGGGAGGAUACACCGAACUCGAAACGAGCUGCGGUUCAGGAAAAGCCCGAGUUCAGCAAAGCCGAUGAGAAAAAACAUGCUGCCAACGUGAGCACAUUUGAGAAAAGCCGUGGGGAGUCUCUGCUUGAUAAGCACAUAAAGGAAAGAGGAGCGGGAACCAAAUCGAAGGAGGAUUCUGGUGGAAGAGUGCCAUUCAAUAGAGACACGGACAUGGGUUACUCUGGUAAACCCACUUCAGUAGAAGAAGUGAAAAAGAGGGCGGGCCUACUUAGUACCAGAUUUGGUUCGAAGGAGUACCUCUAG